UGUAGCCGGUCGGUCGGUCGGUUGGUACAGGCGAGACAGAUUGACCCGGUCCGUCGUGCGUUCAACAUCUCGUGGAUUUAGUCGGUUUCUGGUCCGGAUCACGCUGCCGGCACCGUUGUUGCUUCGUGGAGAGGAAAGCUAUACAUAGGCGCAAAUUGGGAUUGGCGCUUCAGUUUGCAUUGGACUGUGAUUUGAGUAACAUGGCCGAAACGGACUUUUGGGGUUUGGUGAGAACUAACGGGCUAAACUGUACACCACCUGCGAUAGAGGACUUCCCGCCAGACCUGUUUACCGUCGAGCAGCGGCAAAAUGGGGCCAUAGUGUUACACGCACUCGCUAGUUUAUAUUUAUUUGUAGCUUUGGCUGUAGUAUGUGAUAAGUAUUUUGUACCUGCCGUCGAAAAAAUAUGCCACGCGCUUAACAUGUCGAACGACGUGGCCGGGGCGACUUUUAUGGCAGCGGCGACGUCGGCGCCGGAACUGUUCGUAAACGUAAUCGGAACGUUUAUCACUGAAGGUGAUAUCGGUGUUGGCACCAUAGUGGGCUCGGCAGUUUUCAAUAUCCUGGCAGUGGCAGCCUGCUGUGGGAUCGGUGCCGGGAUGGUAGUUCCCCUCGACUGGUGGCCUCUGACGAGGGAUUGCUUGGCGUACGGCAUCACGGUAGCCAUCCUGAUCUGCAUCAUUCAUGACGAACGGGUCGAAUGGUACGAGGCGCUGAUACUGGUGCUGCUGUAUAUUGUGUACAUUGCCGUUAUGUACUACGAUAAGGCAUUUCAAAAAUGCGCACGAGAUGGAGUCAAACACGCUCGUAGUCGCAGAUCACAGGAUGCGUCCAGUAGUAUGAAAUCAGUUUCCAGCAGAGAGCAAGAGGCUGUUGAAGUGCACCUUCCGUUACGAAUCAGUCACUUCCAACAGAACGGCAAUUUGAAGAACGUUACCCAUAUUGACUCGAGUAACAAUGAAUUGACGUCAUCGGAUCUGGAGAUGCAAAUUAAAGCGAUCAGUGUCAGCGGGGGAGGAGGAGCAGUGGGAGCUCCUGUCGUGGCACUGGCAGCAGCGACUGUACUGAAUGAUCAGCAGCAGCAGCACCAAAUUAAGCAUCGUCACAGUGCCGGUAGUUUAAAUGGCACGGCAAGCAUUGACGAUAACGACCAGCCACCUCCACCGCCGAGUCCUACAACACCGGCCAUGUCAUCGAAUAGUGCUGAGUCGGUGAAACAAUCGCUAAAUGGAGAUCGUACCCCGAAGGAUCCGGUGGUGGCGGAAAAUGGAACUACCGGACCGGAUCAGGUGGAUGAUGAAAAGGAUGAAGAAUUUCAGCUGUUUAAGUACCCAUCGAAGCAAAGCAAGUUUCGCCAGUUUUCGUGGAUCAUCACGUGGCCGAUUUAUUUAUUGUUCGUUUUCACUAUUCCGAACUGUGAGAAGCCAAGGUUCAAGAAUUGGUUCCCGAUGACUUUUUUCAUGUGCAUCGUUUGGAUCGGUUCACUGUCGUAUGUGGUGGCGUGGAUGAUUACAAUUAUUGGUGACACGCUUAAAAUACCGGACUCCGUGAUGGGAAUCACCUUCCUGGCGGCAGGAACAAGCGUUCCGGAGGCGGUCUCCAGUGUAAUUGUCGCUAAGCAGGGACAUGGUUCGAUGGGAAUCAGCAAUUCGAUCGGAUCGAACACGUUUGACAUCCUGCUGUGCUUGGGGCUACCGUGGUUUAUUAAGGCUUCUUUUUCACCGAUCCAGCCCGGCCAUCAUUGGGUUGGUAUCAAUUCGGCGGGUUUGGAGUACUCGGCCAUAUCGUUACUGUCGACGCUGCUAAUGCUGUACAUUGCCUUCUGGUUGAACAAGUUCAAACUCAAUCGACGAGUUGGCAACACUUGUCUGAUAAUGUAUGCCGUGUUUUUGAUUCUUGCCAGUCUGAUCGAGUUAAACGUAUUCUUCCCGGUGAACCUGCCCACCUGUGUGCGGUGAACAGAACGCUUGUAGUCAUGCAACUUCACGCAGCUUAUGUCUUUCUUCGUACACGGCGCACUGCAGUGGGUCUUUCGAAGUGAUGUGCUAAAGCGGGGUUGUUUCAUUUGGUAGCGUGUGUCCCGAUGUCGUUCGUCAUGCGAUUAGUCCAGGCAGUUCAAAGCACGUGUAGCAGUCGUUGCUGCUGGUAAUGGUGCAGUGUAGAGUUAGAUUUGGGACAACGCCUCGAUAAUUAGUCGAAUAAAUUGUGUAUUGAUAAGCAGCAGCACCCGCAGCGAUUUACUUUGCUUAUAGACAGUAGGAUGUUGAGUUUGCAGAUGGAUUAAAUAAUAAUGAAUUUAUUCGACUUAAAGCCUAUUGUAAACUCUAAACCACAGACCUAAAAUUAUACAAAUCGUUAAUCAUACCAAAUAUUUGAUUGCAUAGGAAAAAAUAUUGUAAAUCAAUUGAGGUUACGAUUCCCGUAAAGAGCAUAACAUUUUACAAAUUUAAGAUGUAGCUUGAAAAAGGAAAUCACCGCUAGCAAAUCAAGUUAAAAUUAACUAAACGAGAGAAGACAGUUUUAGAACGUUAAGCUUAGUAAAGAUUUACGAUGGAUAAGGAACAGUAAGUGACACACAUUCCCUUCCUCAGUAUUGUAAAUAUUUGUCUAUUUUGAAGAAAUGUGCAUAAACUGAUAGAAUAAAUGGAAAUACUGCAGUUCCGAAA